CUUUCGCUUUAACUUUUGUGUCAAUAAAGACGAUGAUGAAAGUGCCAGACUGACUGCAGCUUCCUGGAUUCCCUAAAAAAAAAACGUGCAGCGCAGGAUUACAUGAGCGCCAGUCACAAAGAGACUGUUUAAACUUUAACCACCUGACGAAAACCUGCAGAGGAGAACUGCGUCGUCUGGGUGGCCGUCUGAGGAAUGGCGCUGUUUGUACUCGGAGGACGUUUCUUUAAAUGCAGAACUGACAUUAAGAGAGCCAUGACAGCGAUCCGGCCGCACUGCUCUUCAGUGGCCUCAGGCAGGCAGCAUGUUAAUGGAGUGGAUCUGUACUACGAGCAGACAGGCCGAGGGAAACACGCUGUGCUGUUGCUUCCUGGCGCUCUGGGAAGCACUCGGACUGAUUUUGGACCUCAGCUGAAGUCUCUGAAUAAGGAACGCUUCACUGUAGUGGGCUGGGAUCCGCGUGGUUAUGGACAAUCCCGCCCCCCAAACAGAGACUUCCCCCCUGACUUCUUUGAGAGGGAUGCAAAGGAUGCAGUGGAUCUGAUGAAGGCAUUGGGCUUUGGCAAGUUCUCUCUGCUGGGGUGGAGUGACGGAGGAAUCACAGCUCUGAUUGCAGCAGCGAAGAACCCCGACCUGAUCAGCAAGAUGGUUGUAUGGGGAUCCAAUGCUUUUAUUUCCCAGCACGACCUCGACCUUUACGAUGCGGUGCGUGACGUCUCCAAGUGGAGUGCGAGGAUGAGGCAGCCCAUGGAGGAGGUGUAUGGAGCAGAAGUCUUUGCUAAAACCUGGGAGGCCUGGGUGGAUGGGGUCACACAGUUUGCAAAAAGACCAGAAGGGAGUAUCUGCAUGGAGCUUCUGCCCCGAAUCAGCUGUCCAACCCUCAUCAUUCACGGAGAGAGAGACCCCAUGGUGCCCAGCUUCCACCCACAGUGCCUCCUCAAACACAUCAAGGGAUCGCGAUUACACCUGAUGCCAGAGGGAAAACACAAUCUCCACCUGAGGUACGCUGAUGAAUUCAACAAACUGGUGGAAGACUUUCUGGAAGACUGAGCGAUUAAUUAACACAGUGAAAUAACGACUGUUCAAAUAGUUCAUUGCAAAUAUUUACACUAAGAGACUUAAUUUAGUCAAUUAUUUAACUUCAACCCUGGUUUUCAAUUGUUAAAAAUUGUAUAUUGUACUUUAAAAUUUCAAUGUUGUUUUUUUCUAUAAUUAAAUAUUUUAUGAAGCAA